GUCUGUGCAUUACUGCAUAUUUCUCUCGCUACUGCAGCUGGGAGAAAAUAAGCGAUCCUGGCGGCUUAAGGAUAAUCAUCCAGGUUGAUUAGCUACAGUACUUACGUACUGUAACGACUUGGCGCGAACAAGGACUGCUGGAGGGGACGAAAAUGAUGCAUCAGCAAUCCAUGAUGGUUGGCGAUAUGAUUCCUGUACACUCUGAGAUACCCGUGCAUGUUGAGGAGAUGAAUAACGCAAACUUUGAAAAUAAUGCUUCUUACGCAUACGACGAUCUAUUCCCGGCUUUGCCGCACUCGCAGCCGCCGGUUCAACGCAGCAUUCAACAAACUACAAACAAGCUUCGCGUUGGAUCGUCACUGCAUACCCAGGUGUUCCAUGUGCCAUAUGAAGAGAGAAAACUUGAUAAUGCUAACACUUUCGGCGAAGGCGAGUCAUUGAGAACCUGUCAAUCUAUUACUAAAGAUACCGGCGCCCAUAUUGAAAUAUCUACCAGCAAGGAUGGCAGUUUGACUUUUCUGAUAACUGGCAAACAUAGUGCUGUUCUUGAUGCUCGGCGCCUCAUCUUGACCCACUUCCAACAACAGGCAAGCAAGCAGGUUAACAUUCCUAAGGAACACCACCGAUGGAUCUUAGGAAAACAAGGCCAAAAGCUGAAGGAAUUGGAAAAGGUCACCGCUACUAAAAUCAGUGUCCCUGGCAUUGCAGACACUAGUGAGACUAUCACUAUAACUGGCACCAAGGAGGGCAUUGAAAAAGCUGAACAUGAAAUCCGAGUCUGUUCUGAAGAACAGUCGCGCAAAGCUUUGGAGCGUAUCAAGAUCCCGAAGAUCUACCACCCGUUCAUCCAGGGCCCUUACGGCGAGCGUGCGUCGGCGCUUAGCGCUGAGACCGGAGCUCGCAUUCACAUCCCGCCCGCGUCCACGCAAAGCGAUGAGAUCGUUAUUGCUGGCGAGAAAAAUGGAGUGCUUGCUGCUAAAGCGCAAAUCGAGCAAAUUUAUGAGGAGAUGGUCAAGAAAUGUUCAACAGUGCGUGUUGAAGUACCCAAAUCUCAGCACAAAUACGUAAUUGGCGCUCGUGGAACAACUAUCCAAGAGAUUUUGAAGGAGACUGAAGUGUCUGUGGAGAUGCCUCCUCCAGACUCACCUACUGGAACUAUCACUCUACAUGGCCCUCACAACAAAAUCGGCCUUGCUCUCUCAAAAGUCUGUGAAAAAGCGAACUCUGUUAAAACUGCAACUGUUGAUGCUCCCACAUGGAUCCAUAAGUAUAUAAUUGGAAAGCAUGGUUCUAACAUUAAAAAGAUAACUCAAGACUUCUCAAAGGUACAUGUUGAUAUAACUCACUCUGAAGAUAAGGUGAAGAUUGAUGGUCCCCCUGAGGAAGUGGAACGUGCACAAGUUGAGUUAGAUGACUUUGUGAAGAACUUGCUUGCUACCCUGACUUACGUCGAACUGUCGGUUGAUCCCAAAUUCUUCAAGCAUAUUAUUGGCAAGAAUGGAACUAACAUUAAUAGACUGAAGGAUGAGACUGGGGUAGUUAUUAACAUUAUUGAAAACGAAGGCAACAAUAUUAUUCGCAUCGAAGGUAGCCAUCAAGGAGUUGCCGAUGCUGAGAGGGAACUAAGAGAAAUGGUCAUGAAAUUGGAAAAUGAAAGAACUAAGGAAGUCUAUGUCGACCAUAGAUACAUCAAAUCUCUUAUUGGAGUCCGAGGAGAAAAGAUUAAGGAACUUCGUGAGAAGUUCGAGCGCGUGCUUAUUUCCUUGCCCGAUCAGGGACAAAAGAGGAGUCCUAUCAAGUUAAGGGGACCUCAGGAAGACAUUGAGAGAUGUGAAAAGUAUUUGCACAAGAUCAUCAAAGAAAUAGCGGAGUCUUCCUAUGUCCAAGAAGUACCGAUUUUCAAGCAGUUCCACAAGUUUAUUAUCGGCAAAGGUGGUGCUAAUUUAAGGAAAAUCCGAGAUGAAACUCAAACUGUGAUUGAUCUUCCAGCCGAAGGCGAUGAUAGCGAUGUUAUUACCGUGAGAGGUAAACGUGAAAAUGUUGAAGAUGCUGUUAAAAGGAUUCAACAGAUACACAAUGAAAAAGCCAAUGUUGUAACAGAGGAAGUCACUAUUGCGCCUAAGUAUUACAAUUCUCUUAUUGGAGCUGGUGGCAAACUUAUUCAUUCCAUUAUGGAAGAGUGUGGUGGAGUUCUUAUUAAGUUCCCACCUGCAGAGAGUGACAGCGACAAGGUUGUUAUUAAAGGACCUAUCGAAGAUGUCGAGAAAGCUAAACAGCAAUUAUUGGCCCACGCGUCCGAACGUGAACUGACGUCACACACGGCUCACGUUCGCGCCAAGCCUGAACACCACAAAUUCUUGAUUGGCAAGAAUGGUGCAAACAUCAAGAAGAUUCGGGAGCAGACUGGCGCUCGAAUCAUCUUCCCGACUGAGAAAGAUGAAGAUAAGGAAGCUAUAUUCAUUAUUGGUCGCGAAGAGCAAGUUGAGGCAGCCCGCAAGCAGCUAGAGUCAGCGGUGGCCGAAAUCAGCAACGUGUCCGAGGGCGAGAUGUCGGUGGCCCCGCGCCAUCACCGCCACUUCGUGGCACGACGCGGCGAGGUGUUACGCCGCAUCGCCGACGACUGCGGCGGCGUGCAGAUCUCCUUCCCGCGCCAGGGCGUCAACAGCGACCGAGUCGUGCUCAAGGGACCGAAGGACUGCAUUGAGGCCGCCAAGAUUCGCAUCAACGAAAUAAUUGAAGAUUUGGAAGCUAAGGUGACUAUCGAGUGUGUAAUUCCUCAAAGGCACCAUCGUACAGUGAUGGGGGCCCGUGGUGCUAAAGUCAAGGAUAUUACCGCCGAACACGACGUCCAAAUUAAAUUCCCCGAACGCGACUCAACUGAAGGAGCUGACGUGCCUGUCAAGGACGAUGAUAAUUCUGAACCAGGCCCUAAUGAUAUAAUUAGAAUUACUGGCCGCCCAGAAAAUUGCGAGGCAGCUAAAAAAGCUCUACUUGAGCAGGUGCCAAUUACAAUUGAUGUUGAAGUUCCGAAUGAACUGCAUCGAUUGCUUGCUGGACAGAAGAGAAGAGAACUGAUGCAGACUUAUGAUGUUCAUAUUCUGCUCCCACCAAAUGACGACACCAGUGACUUGGUUAAGGUGACAGGCACACCAACUAAUGUUGAGAAAGCCAAAGUUGCCCUGACAGAAAAAAUUGUUGACAUGGAAAAAGAGAAAGAGGAUAGAAUUCUCAGGUCUUAUGAACUGAAAUUCAAAGUGGAUCCUGAAUACCAUCCUUUGGUGAUUGGUAAAGGAGGAUCCGUUAUUACCAAAAUUCGCACUGAUUAUGGAGUACAAAUAAAUUUGCCUAAACGUGGCGAGCCUGAUGAUGAUGUAAUCACAAUUCAGGGUUAUGAAGACAAAGCUCAGCAAGCCAAGGAAGCCAUUAUGGCUAUUGUCCAUCAACUGGACAACCAAUGCCGCGAAGAGGUGGAUAUCGAUCCACGAGUUCACAGGAGGCUCAUUGGUCUCAGGGGCAAAAACAUCCGACGUAUUAUGGAUGACUAUAAGGUUGAUAUUCGGUUCCCGAAACAGGGUGACGACAGCAUCGUUGUUAUAACAGGAGACGAAGAGAAUGUACUUGAUGCUAAGGACCAUCUUCUAAACUUAGCUGAAGAAUAUAUGCAGGACGUGGCUGAUCGUUACACGCGUCCGGCCGCACCGUCGCUCGGAGACUUCGGCGACGUGUUAGGGGAGCGGGAGGCCGCCAAUGCUGCGGCAGGAGCGGCCGCAGCGGCGUCGGCCGCCGCGCCCGGCACUGCCGGCUUCGUGGUAAAGGGCGGGCCGUGGGAGCAGCGCGCGCCCGACACGGCGUCCACGCAGGAGUUCCCCACAAUGCCGGGGGGCCCGCGGGCUGCCGCACCCGCCGCGCCCGCGCCCACCGCCGCCUGGGGCCCGCGCCGUUAAUUGCGCUAAUCAGCUCGCCUUAUGUACUCGCAUGUGUGCAUACUUUUAAGCCUAUAGUGUAAAAGUGGAGUGCGCCGCGUUUUAUUUCGGCUGUAACGUCCCAACGCGACGAUAAUGCGACUGAUCACGUCUCAUUGUCUUCGCUUUGCGACAUCUGCUAUUCAUCCAUGUAAUCUUGAAACUUACAGAUGUAUCUGGUACUCACUCAUAAUAAUAUGGAAUAGAGGAGUCUACUGUAUAACGAUUUACUUGUGAUUUAUUCGAUAAGUUUGUCAUUGUUGAUGGCGAUCUUUUCGAAUUAUUAAUAAUAUGAGGUUGAGCCGAACCAUUUUUAUUGUAAUAAGUAUUCGGUUACAUUAUUUCGUUAUUUUUAUGAAAUAUUAUUAUUAUAUGUAUCUAUGAGUAAUGCCAUUCUAAUAAGUUGUUAUUUACUUUGAUAUUUAUAAUAAAUACACGUUGAUGUAUUUUUAAUUUAUGCAUCUUUAUAGAAUGCAUAAUAAACUGA